AUGGCGCCGCAAACCAGAGGCAUAUCCUUCCCGAAGGUCGUGAUUGAGAGAGACUCUGAUACGGAUGAAAGUUCUUCAGAAGGAGAGGACGAAGACGAAGAGGCCCAAAGCGACGCCGGCGAAGAGUUGGACAAAGAACCCGCUCAGCCGGAGGUCGACGAGGCGUCGACGUCGACGUCGACUAGGGCUAAGAGAGAACCCAUCACAAUUAGUCUGAAGAAAGUUUGCAAGGUGUGCAAAAAACCGGGUCAUGAAGCUGGGUUUAGAGGCGCCACUUACAUUGACUGCCCGAUGAAGCCCUGUUUCCUUUGCAAAAUGCCUGGGCACACCACGAUGUCUUGUCCACACCGUGUGGCUACAGAAUAUGGGGUUUCCCCGGCACCCCAUAAGAGCUCUCAUAAUUCAGUGGAGUAUGUUUUUGAGCGUCAAAUUAGAUGCCGAAUUUCUGCGAUCAAACCUGCCCAUGUGAUACCAAAUAGAGUGAACUGUGCAGUAAUCAGAUAUCAUAGCAGACGCAUUACAUGUUUGGAGUUCCAUCCGACAAGGAACAAUAUCCUCAUAUCUGGUGAUAAGAAAGGGCAACUUGGAGUCUGGGAUUAUGCGAAAGUGCAUGAGAAGACAGUAUAUAGUAAUAUUCAUGGCUGCAUACUGAACAACAUGAAGUUUAAUCCAUCGAAGGAUGAAACAAUAUACGGUGCCUCUUCUGAUGGAACACUAAGCAUCACGGAGUUAGAGACGGGAAUUUCAUCAUCGUUGCUGAACUUAAAUCCUAACGGGUGGCAGGGUUCCAGCAGUUGGAGGAUGCUCUAUGGUUUGGAUUUGAAUUCUGACAAAGGAGUUCUGGUUGCUGCGGAUAAUGUUGGACGUCUCUAUAUGGUGGAUAUGCGUUCGAACACUGUAACUGGGAAACCUAUAUUGAUUCACAAGAAAGGAAGCAAAGUUACCGGCUUACAUUGUCAUCCUCUUCAACCCGAUCUUCUGUUGAGUUGUGGAAACGAUCACUUUGCUCGAAUAUGGGACAUGCGAAAUCUGGAAGCCGGAUCGUGUAUUCACGAUCUUCCUCACAAGCGUGUUGUUAACUCGGCCUAUUUUUCACCACGGACAGGUAGCAAAAUACUUACCACCUCUCAAGACAACCGAAUUCGUGUAUGGGACUCCAUUUUCGGCAAUUUGGAUUCUCCAAGCCGAGAAAUCGUGCACAGUCAUGACUUUAAUCGGCAUUUGACUCCCUUCCGAGCAGAAUGGGACCCAAAGGACACAUCUGAGUCCCUUGUUGUUGUUGGACGUUACAUAAGUGAAAACUAUGAUGGCGUUGCAUUGCAUCCCAUUGACUUUAUAAAUGUGAGCACAGGGCAGUUAGUUGCCGAGGUGAUCGACCCAAACAUUACGACUAUUACCCCUGUGAAUAAGUUGCAUCCACGUGAUGAUGUUUUGGCUUCUGGUAGCUCCAGGUCGAUCUUCAUCUGGAGGCCUCAGGAGAACAUUGAGCUAAAGCGGCCAAGGGAAGAAAGUAAGAUAGUUGUGUGUGGCAAAGGCGAAAAAGCACGCAAAGGAAAGUUUGACGAUGAUAGUGGGGAUGAUUUUGAUAAUGAUAUGUACUCCUCCAAGAGCUACAAGAACAAGAAGAAGCCUGCCUUAAGAUCCAAGGCACACGUUUCUAAAAGCAAAUGCUGA